AUGACUGAUAGUGAACAUCAGGUCGCAGAGACGCCAGUUCCUUAUGGAAUACAGCCGCCAACUGGCUUAAACCUUGCAAGCAAAAAUCGAAAAGAGAAUUGGAAAAUUUAUAAACAAAGAUGGAACGACUAUGCAAUUAUUUCGCAACUACAAAGGCAGACAGAAGAAUACCGGGUUGCCUUGUUUCUCUACUCGAUUGGGCCCGAUGCUGUAAAGAUAUACAACAGUUUUGAUCUACCACCUGAAGAUAAACGCAAGAUAUCGAAAAUAAUGGAAAAGUUCGAUAGGUAUGCUGUUGGCGAGACAAACGAAACAUACGAAAGAUUCAUAUUUACAAGGAAAAAGCAGAAGGAAGAUGAAACUAUUGAUGAAUACGUGGCAGAAUUGCGAACACUUGCUCAGACAUGUAAUUUUUGUACAUGUUUGUGUGAUUCCCUGCUUAGAGAUCGUGUUGUCUUGGGAAUAAACGAUGCAAACACUCGCAAGCGGUUACUAAGACAAGCAGAUUUAACGCUGGCGAAGUGUAUCGAUAUUUGUCGAAGCGAUGAAGCGUCAACAACGCAGAUAAAGCUCUUGGGUGAAGGGACAAAGCAGGAAGGUAUACAUAAAGUCAUUGGGACGAAAAACAAGAACAAGUCACAAGGAAAUAAUGACGGAUUUCAGCGAAAAUCGAAGGAAUUGUAUCGCGAAAAAGCAGAUCGUGAGCGAAGCGAAAUCAAGGCUUGUAAUUACUGUGGCGACAGACACAGACGUGGGCGUGAGUUUUGCAGAGCUUAUGGUGAGAUAUACAAUUUCUGUAAGAAGUCAAAUCACUUUGAAAAACAAUGCAAAAUGAAGCUGAGAGCACAUGCCGUGAAAGCAGAAGAAUUUAGUGGGGCAGACUCUAGUGAUUUAGAAUAUUUGGAUAGUGUGACUGUUAAACCGGAGACGAUCAGCGCCGUGGGCCGUGACCAGCCGAAAGAAAUUUAUGCAAAGAUGCUCGUAAACAGUAAACCUGUGAAAUUCCACAUCGAUUGUGGGGCGACGGUUAAUGUUCUUCCGCUGAAACACGUCCAGAAUAAAGAGAAAAUCAAACCGACUGAUCGAGUUCUGCAAAUGUGGAAUAAAAGUGAGCUUAAGCCAGGGGGGUCUUGUCGAUUAACAAUACAGAAUCCAAAAGAUAGUCGAAAGUAUUCAGUCGAAUUCAUGAUCGUUAAAGAGGAUCUUACGCCAUUACUGAGUGCCAGAGUUAUUCAACAAAUGGGGUUAGUAGAAAUUCACAUAGAAAAGUUCGAGCAAGUUGCGGGUAUGGGAAUAAAGGAUACCCCGAAGGGAGCCAGAGACCUUGUGAAAGAAUACGAUGAUGUGUUUACCGGAGAACUUGGGACUCUUUAUGGUGAACAGCAUUUGGAAGUUGAUCCGUCUGUGACACCCACCGUCUCACCAUCCCGUCGAGUACCAUUCGCAGUGAAACCUAAACUAAAAGCAGAGCUUGACCGUUUGGCAGAUCUUGGAGUCAUUACUCUGGUAGAUGAGCCCACUGAUUGGGUAAGUAAUUUGGUUAUUGCAACGAAAGAGUCUGGUGAUAUUCGCCUUUGCAUUGACCCUAAACAGCUCAACGGUGCUCUAAAGCGAGAAAGAUACCCAAUACCAGUAAUUGAUGAUGUCUUGCCUGAUUUGGCUAAGGCCAAAGUCUUCACUAAAGUUGAUGCACGGAAUGGCUAUUGGCAUGUCCAGCUUGAUGAACCAUCCAGCAGGCUGACAACGUUCGACACGCCCUUUGGUCGGUAUAGAUGGAAGCGUCUGCCCUUUGGUAUCUGCGCGGCCUCCGAAAUAUUCCAAAAGAGACUGAAUCAGGCGCUAGAUCGAUUGGAUGGCCUACUGACGGUCCAUGACGAUAUGGUCAUUUAUGGUGUUGGCGAAACCGAAGAGGAAGCAAUUGUGGAUCAUAAUACGAAGCUGGAAGGGUUUUUUCAACGCUGCAGAAAACCGGAAUUAAGCUUAACAAGAAGAAAUUGA